GGGCAGCGGGCGCUGCGGGCUCAGCUCCCACGGUGGCGCAGCUCUGGAGCAGACCAAGCCUCCGCACCGGCAGUGACUUCUGGAUCGCGCGAUGACUGGACGGUAACUUCCAGGUCUGCAGACAAGAGCUGAAGAUGAAGGAAGAUUGUCCACCCAGCUCUCAUGUGCCCAUCAGUGACAGCAAGUCCAUUCUCAAGUCGGAGCUCUUAAGCCUGCUGAAAACCUACAACUGCUACCAUGAGGGCAGAAGCUUCCAGCUGAGACACAGAGAAGAAGAAGGGGUUCUGAUCAUCGAAGGGCUCCUGAACAUUGCCUGGGGACUCAGACGACCCAUUCGACUCCAGAUGCAGGAUGACCAGGAGCGAGUGCACCUGCCCUCCACUUCAUGGACACCCCUACAGCCCAGCUGCCCCCUAAAGGACGCCACUCCCCAGGAUGGCACUGCCAAGGAGACAAGUGCUCAGCCUAUGCACAAGACUGAGAGUUCCAGAGACAGCUCAGGGCCCUUGGAGGAGGACGAGGAGAUCCCACAGCUGAUGCGGACCAAGAGUGAUGCCAGCUGUAUGAUACAGAGGAGACCCAAGUCCCGCACCCCUGGCGAGGCUCAGCGGAUCCGGCGACACCGCUUUUCCAUCAAUGGACACUUCUACAAUCACAAGACCUCUGUGUUCACUCCUGCUUAUGGGUCCGUCACCAAUGUGAGGGUCAACAGCACCAUGACCACCCUGCAGGUGCUCACCCUGCUGCUGAACAAGUUCCGGGUGGAAGAUGGCCCCAGUGAGUUUGCACUCUACAUUGUCCAUGAGUCUGGGGAGCGGACCAAACUAAAGGAUUGUGAGUACCCACUGAUUUCCAGAAUCCUGCAUGGGCCCUGUGAGAAAAUCGUCAAGAUCUUCUUGAUGGAAGCUGACCUGGGCGAGGAAGUCCCUCAUGACGUCGCCCAGUACAUUAAGUUUGAAAUGCCGGUGCUGGACAGUUUUGUUGAAAAAUUAAAAGAAGAGGAGGAAAGAGAAAUAAUCAAACUGACUAUGAAGUUCCAAGCCCUGCGUCUGACGAUGCUACAGCGCCUGGAGCAGCUAAUAGAUGCCAAGUAGACAGCCAGCACUUGCCUCCUCAAUGUCCCCACCAGCAACUGCACAUGGAGUCCCAGUAACCCAGCACAGACUGCUCAGUGAUCAAUGGCCACUCUCAUUGAUGCAAGAAUCCUACACCUGUGCUUCUAAAUUGUCUGAAGCCUAAGUACCACCCACAUCCCCAUCCUUGGAUCCAUGGUGAGCACACAUAGGAAGCAGAGCCAGGCCUAAGGAGCCAGGAAGUUGUUGGCUGGGAUCUGUGUGUGAGGCUGGCCUGGGCAUUGAGUGGCCCUGAAACUGUGGCACCAGACACAUUAUAUGGCUGGAUAACAUGACCAGUCCUGUUCACACACCUCUGCUUCUCAGAGAGCAGUAUUUGACCUAUCCCCUGGGGUGUAGGCUUCAUCUGCUCACCCUGUGCCUGGCCCAGAGCCCCUGCACAGCCACAAGCCCAUGUCUUCAUCAUCCAUGUGAACCACAUGAUCCCUGUCCACCCAUCUGUUAUGCUGCCACUCAGGAACUCUGCUGGAGAGAGCAGAGGCUGCCAGCAGUGGUGUGACGUGCCCUGUUCCCAGCCAUCAUUAACUUCACCAUGGCAUCCCUGACCUCCAAAUCUCCUUUCAUAGCCUAGCACACCUGUGUAGAGGUUAGAUCAGGAUUAAGACCACCACCUCACCUGCUCUCUGCAGAAGUCAAUCUUAACUUCUAAGCAAACCCCAAAGAAAAUCAUAAAGGAGCUGACUGCAAGAACCACUUCAGCUUAACCAGUUGGGGAGGUGGUCCACAUGCUAAUAAGGGACACUGCCUGCCUCAGGAAGAUAGUGCUUAGGCCUCGUCACCACUGUCCUGUGGACACCUGGUGCCUCUUGCCUUCUUUGGGCUUGAGCGCCUCUCCUUCAGUGGGCCGGAGUGAUUCUCAAUUCUCCCCAUCAAAGUGGGGCAAUGAGGAGAAAGGCUGUUUGGGGACAAAGGGCUUUGAAUUCCCUGGGGCCAGAUAAUGACCAAUUUUGUUUGUUGACUGAUGGAGAAUUUCUGGAAUGAGAAAGACUGCAAAACUAUGCAACAGUUUACAUCAGUCAUGUGGAUGUUUGUCUAAAACAGAGCCGUUUGCUCUGUAGACCAAAUUCUUUUCCUGCUAGGGUCUGUGGACAGAAGAUUUAAAAGAAAGAGCCAUAAAGGCUUGCAAAGGUUGGGGAGAUUCCAUCUGCAGUGCACAUACAAGCUUCUCAUGGAACAGCCAUGCAGUAUGCAGCCACCCAUCAGGGCAGACUGAGACACAUGGAUGUCAGGGGAGGCCUGGCUGUAGUUCUCUUGACACUUCUCCCCUUUGGCAGUAUAAUUUCUUGGGUGCUCAAUAAAGGCGGA